AUGACAUUUGAUAAAAAAAUUAUUAUUUUACAAGCUUCAAGGGUAAAAGUUAAGCAGGCUGAUAGGUUUCAAACGGAAGACGUUUAUGAAUGGUUAGUUGGUUACCACCAAAUUAAAGAUUUACUUGGACAAUAUAUUAACAAAAAUGAUACCAUUUUAAUUUUAGGAUGUGGUAAUAGUUUACUAGGUGAAAAGCUUCGUAGAGAUGGAUUCAAUUUAAUAUUUUCAAUGGAUUAUUGUGAAAAUGUAGUCACUAAUAUGUCUAAUCAUUGUGAUACUUGUAAACAUAUUAACUGGUUGACCAUGGACGCUACCAAUAUGCCAAUUAGAGAUGAAACCUUUGAUAUUGUUCUGGAAAAGGCGACAAUUGAUACUUUUUUAGUGAAUGAGAAAGAUCUUUGGACAUUGUCAGCGCCAACAAUCAAGAUUAUUGACCAAACUUUGAGUGAAAUAAGCCGUAUUUUGAAACCAAAUGGAAAGUUCAUUUCAUUGUCAUUUAAUCAACCUCAUUUCCGUGGCCUUCUUUAUUCUAAAGAUAAAUAUGAUUGGAGUAUUCGUUCAAUAGAUACUAUUGGAGAUGAUUUUCAUCAUUAUUUAUAUGUUGUUCAAAAAGGGUUACCCAUUUCAUGCUCAACUAGUUAUUAUGUAUAUGAGCCUCCAAAGAUCAUUGAAACAAUGGCUACUUGUGAUGAGUCAAAAGAGAAUGAUAUAUUUGACAUCAAUUUAUAAGAUUCAGGUAAAUAAUUUAAAAUACAGAAACAUUAAUUAAAUUCCAAAUCAAAUUGA